AUGGAAUCAAAUGAUAUCAACAAAACAAAUCGCUUAAAGAGAUCUAUAUCAACAGAAUCACUUGAAAGAGCCUUGAAGCGAUCAAGACCUUUUCGGAACGAUUCGCCCAAUCCCUCGACAGAAGAGAAGAAAACCCUAUACCCCAAUACAUCACAAGUGCUAAAGCCUGUAUCCAUUUCAACAAGAACAUCAAAUGAAGAAUACCGAAAAAUGAAUGAUAUUCUGUACACAAUUCACAAAGAACGAUUUGGUGACCCAGAACAAAGAGAAAGUUGGUGGAAUAAACAAGAAGAUGUAGAUAUGAUAGAAGAAGACAAUCACCAAUAUAAUGCCAUGAAUUCUGUACUCAAAGAAGCUUUCUUACAACGAAGAAAUGCUUACUAA